AUGUUUACUUAGCUGAAAAACUACAUCAUCCUUAACGAUAAUGUGUGGCAUUAAAGUAACAAAAACUAGAGGAAAUGCUCGGGAAAAUAAAAAGUUCAAUAAUUUAAUCACAUUAAUGCUUAAAAUGCUAACUAUGCAAUCGUUGCAACCAUUGCUAGCAAUGUAAAACUUGCCAGCAUCAGCCUUAGUCAGUACAAGAAUUAAAAUAAUAAAAAGAAUCAGAAAAUGAGGCGAAGGAAGAAUUAUCUAGAGAACUCCUUCGACAGCAAAUUUAUAACAAUAAGUGAGCUAGCUCAACAAGAUCUAAAGAAUUUCGUUGAUCAACGAUUCAAAUAAUAGUAAAAAUUGACUUUACAGGAGAUAUGCAUGAUUUUCUAUCAGCUACUGAAUGGUCUUGAGUACAUCCAUGACCAGAAUUUCAUACAUAGAGAUAUCUCUCCACAAAAUAUCCUAGUUUUCUAGGACUAGAUAAUCAAAAUUUGUGAUUUCGGAUUCGUAUCAUAUGGUGAACAAACUAAUGCAAACGUUGGAAAAUAAGAUUUUGUUGCUCCUGAAGUCUACUCUGGAAAUUAAAACUACAACAAAUCAAUAGAUAUUUGGUCACUUGGUCUGACUCUCUAUUACCUUUGUACUGGAUCAACAAAGUAUAAUAGUAGAUCUGCAAAUAUUUUUGCAAGAGAAUAGAAUCAUAUUGUCCUACCUGAAGUGUACAAGGAUCUUCAAGCUUUGUUUGAUAAAAUGAUGCAACUAGAGACUUAAAAUAGACCUUCAGCUUCCCAGCUUAAAGAAGAAUUAAUGGCCAUUAUAGAUGAAGGUAGCCCAAAUUUCUAAAAAUAUCAAUCAUCGCUUUUGACCCAUUAGAUGAAUUAACACAAAAAACAAAAUCCAGCAAUGGAAUAUGUAUGA